AUGCGCACUGGUAGAGUUCUUGCAGCGAUUCGACCAAAAGUGGCCAGUCCGGCGGCUGGGGCGGCGCCAAAAUUCAGAAUAGGACCGUGGGGGAUUGCUUUCGUGUUGGGCGGACUAGCGUUUGCCAGCUGGGUCGCCAAGCCGUCGAAGGUUAUGCCUGUGUCUGCCAUGGACACUUUCAAACCUCGCAUCGCGAUUGUGUUUGUGCUGGGAGACUCGAAGGGCCAGGCCAAAGAAUUCGCAGGUGCCAAUGGCUACGAGUAUAUUGACGCACUCAAGAACCCGCAAGAAGCCAUGGGGCCGCUGGUUCAACAGGGACACACCAAAUUCAUAAUCGAUCACGUCCCUGUGGGAGACCUGGCGCACUUUGAGCAAAACGUCGUCGAGUGCGAUCUUGCAUUGGACUUUGACGGCUCUGCACCCCAGUACCUCAAGAAAACAAACAGAGUAGAGGAAAUGGAAUCCAAAACCGUUUUGGAUGCACUAAAAGAGCGCAACCUCGUUUAG